AUGAGCCGGGCUGGCCCCGCACCCGGCCUGCGCCUCUUCUUCCCCGACGGAGACUCCGGCCGCUGCCCGCCCCCCGCCCGGGGCGCCCCCCUGGCCCGCCGGCCCGAGCCCCGAGCAGGGAGCCGCCCGAAGCCGGAGCGGGGCGCGGGGGGCUGCCCGGCGGGGCCCAGGAGGAGGAAGCGAACCACGUUCAGCCGGGGGCAGCUGUGCGAGCUGGAGCGGGUGUUCGCCGCGCUGCCCUACCCCGACAUCGGCACCCGCGAGCGCCUGGCCGAGCUCACCCACCUGCCCGAGGCCAAGAUCCAGGUCUGGUUCCAGAACCGCCGCGCCCGGAGGAUCAAGAGCGGGAAGCCGGAGCAGCCGAGCUGCCGGAGGGCUCUGGCCAGUAAACCGCCCCCCUCCUGCCCCCCACCGCCCCAGGGACAAGGGGCCAGAAGCCAACAGGUGCCCGAGCUCCGCCUGCCCGGCAGCUCCCCCCAGCAGUGCCUGGGCCAAGCGCUGCCGGGCCUGGUCUCUGCCUUCCAGGGGCAGCUCCUGUGGGAGGACAGCUGCCAGCCCCCCUGCAGCCAGGCGGGAGCCCAGUGGCCUGUGGCUGCCCCCGGCCAGGCGGGGCCGCAGGGAGCGGACCCCACGGCCGGUGAGGGGCUCUCCUAUUGGGAUGUGUUCCCUGCGCAGACCUCCCUCGGGUACAUCUCCGACCUCAUCUAUAACGCGGCCAUCAUCACCAACCUGGGCGAGCCCUAG